GUCACCGGAUGGGAUAAGACUAGAGGAUACAAGGAGAGAAACUGAUCAGUCAGCAUCCUGCGGCUAUCAGAGACUAUUCGGGACUACUAGUGAUUUACCUUCUUGUGUGACUAUGAACGGUCAAGUAAACGGGACGCCGGAGCGCAAAACUAAGAAGGGGUUGGUUGACGUCAUUGCUUCCGAAACAAGGUGUGUCUGGAACAAGAAAGUUGAAAACACUGAAAUCGAAAAAUUCAAGGCUGUCAUCAACAAGAAGUACCAGACAAAACUACAGAGCUAUUGGGAUCUCCAUGAAUGGUCUGUAAAGAAUUAUGGACGCUUUUGGGAAGAAAUAUGGAAUUUCUAUGGAGUGAUUCAUUCUAAGCCUUAUCAGGAGAUUGUAAAGAAUGGUAAAGGUUUUGUGGACAUAGACUGGUUCAGCGGGGCUCGACUGAAUUUUGCAGAGAAUAUGUUAAGGUGCAGAGAUGAAACCGUUGCCAUGAUAUGCGCCGAUGAAGAAGGUAAUGAAGAGACAAUAACCUACGCUACCCUAUACGAAGAAGUCGAGCGUUAUGCUGCAGCUUUCAAAAAGAAUGGUGUCCAACUAGGAGACAGAAUAGCAUGUUAUAUGUCGAACAGAAAAGAAGCUGUAUAUGCCUAUUUAGCUGCAACAAGUAUGGGCGCAAUUUGGGGCGGACCUCUGCCCUUUUAUGGAGAUAAAGCUGCUUCAAAAAUAAUUCGGCCCAUGCUUCCGAAGUUCCUCUUCACAGUCGACAGAUUUAUGGAUCUCAAAACUGAAAAGCAUCUGAUGCAAAAUAUUCCUACCAUAGUCCAAGACUUGGACUGUUUGGAAAAGAUCAUUAUUUGCCCCAGUAAAUUAGAAACAUUAUCUGUCGAUAUAAAGAAACUUGAUCCAAGAUGUUGUUUCUUGGAGGAUUUCUUAGAAACAGGAAAAAAUGCAGAUGGUAGCAUUCCGCCAUUAGAGUUCGAACAGCUUCCUUUCAAUUAUCCUAUUUGCAUCAAUUUCACCUCAGGGACAACUGGAGAACCAAAGGGACUCGUACACGGCUGCGGGUCAUUCCUACCUCUUUUGAGGGAUUUCAACCUACACUGCAAUUUAACUAAGGGAGACGUCGUCCUUACACCCUAUCCAGUGGGUUGGAAUCUGUGGAAUUUGUUUAUAGCGAAUUUUGCAUUGGGCAUUACUGUAGUCUUAUACAAUGGUUGCCCAUUUUAUCCAGAAAUUGGAUUUUGGGAGAUGAUGGACAAGUACAAUGUCGCUUACACCUUCCUUGCCACGAGUGUUGUUGACAAAAUGGAAAAGAACGAUGUUUAUCCAGGACCUGAUUGCAAACUUGAACACCUGAAGGUGCUUACUAUUGGUGCCAGCCCAGUAAAGCUACAGAAUUUCGACUUUCUUCUGAACAAGGUCAAGAAAGAUAUGUUCCUGAAUUGUCUAUACGGUGCUACAGAAGUAAUUGGUGUGUUUUCGGGAUUUGAUUUAAAUACCCCUGUUUACAGUGCCGAAAUUCAAGCACCAGCUCUGGGAGUGGACUUGAAAUGUUUUGAUGAACAAGGAAAUUCAGUUUUAGGGCAGAAGGGUGAACUCGUCAUCUGCACUCCAAAUCCUGCUUUUCCUGUAGCUGUAUGGAAUGACACCAAAGGAAGAAAACUCGAAGAACUGUAUCUGACAAAGUAUCCAGGUGUAUGGUGCCAAAACGACGAAUGCUGGAUCGAUCCCAGGACAAAGGGAAUUGUAAUCAUCGGCAGAAGUGACGACGUUCUUAACCCAAAUGGAGAAAGAUUUGGAAGCUCUGACAUCUAUUUUGCAAUCCACACGAUGGAUGAACUUCAAGAUUACAUUUGCAUCGGUCAAGACAACGAUGUAGGAGACCAAAGAUUAGUCCUCUUCGUGAAGCUCAAGAAUGGAUACAAAUUUUCUCCAGAAUUAGUCAAAAAGAUCCAAAAACAAGUCGUAUCUCAGUUGACAGAAGAACAUAUUCCUGAAGUUGUUUUGGAAGUUCAGGAUAUACCGUACAAUCUGAACGGAAAGAAGAUGGAACGACUUCUGAAAAGAAUUAUCCACACGAAUGAAAUCCCAGAGACGCCGAAUAUAAAAAAUCCUGAAUGUCUGAAGGCCUACCUGAACAUACCUGAACUCCAGGAUUACUAGAGAUAUCAAGUAGAGAAUAGAGUAGCAAUAAUAGAAUCCAUAGCAGCAUUCUGUUAUACUAAUUACCUGCAAAGAGCAGUGAAGCAGUUAAUCCAACAGAUGUUAAGGACAAUGAAAAGCAAUAUCUUUGUUCUCAGUAUUCUCAGUACUGCGAAACAUUUUCCAUGCAAUCAAAGCCAUUUUUUUCUCUCUAACUUCAAUACCAUUUAUCACUGUUCAGUUUAGCGAAGAUAGUUUAGUUCCCCUCCAAAUAUAAAAUAGUUUAUACCUUAAAUACAAAGAUCUAGUUUUCGGAAGUAAAAAUAUUUUUGCCGAAUUCAGAAUUAAACUCUGAAAUUUCGAUGAAUUGAAACAAACUAAUGUUAGGUAUUUAAAAUGAAAUAAACCAAAAUACAUUUGGUAGAUUUUAUUUACGUAAUGUUUUUGUUUUUAAAAGUACUCUUAAUAAAGCAGUCAUGCUGUUGAUUGACAAAUUACCAAAUAAGCAAAUUUUAAGCCUAAAAGCUAUUUUGCCCCUUGAUAGUUUCAUUCGCAUCUGAAAGCUCAUUUGCUCAACUCGUCUUCUUUAAAUUUAUUAAAAUUGCUUAUUUGAAAAUUACUUGCAAAUUUUAAAAGGUAAUACUUCAAAAAUUAGUUUUUCUUGCUUACAUGUGGGAACAGUUAUACUAAAAACAUGAUUUUAUAAAUCUAAUUCUGAACUUAAAAAAAGACGUGUUAUUUUUGUUUUGCUGCAGUCAUUCAUACAAAGUUGCAAUUCAGUAAUGAUUUGUUUCCAGUACCUGAAGUAAUCAUGAUUUAUAAGCAUCUUAAAUUCACCACGAAUUGUAAUUUUCUCAAUGCUCUUCCUUGCCUAAAAUUUCUCAUGUAGUAACACUAAGUUAGUCUAAAGUACUGUCGAGUCGAAGGUUAUUUAACGAGUCUUUUUGAUGCUGCCGGUAAAAACCGCAUAGAACUUUUACUCCUAAAAGGUGCUGCAUAAACUUCACUAUGUCUUUUGAAAAGACAAACAUUACAUCUGAAAAACUGUGUAUUUCAUACUCUAUUCUUUUUAGUAAUGAUGGUAUGGAUCUGGUCUUCAUACUGAUGAUGAUAUGAAAAAUGUAUUCGAUUUUGAUAUUUCUUUGGUAUUGUUCGGCUUUAAGUUGAAAUUUUAAUCUAACAUCUAAAUAUUUUCAAAUGCGAAAGUUCUCAUUAAUCGUCUUCUUGAUAUUACUUUUAACAUGAAACCGUAGCAGACUGUUGUAGUUACAAAAGCCGAAACGUUUUUAUCAACUGAAAAUAUUUUAAACUGGUGCCUUUUAGCUAGCUGGCUUUAAGCUAGUUUCAUUUAACAUUCCAUUUAAAUAGAUUAUCGCCCUGAUAAAACAAGCAUUUUCGCUAACUGAAGAUGUUUUUAACUUGUGAUAAAUGUCCUGCGUUUGUAACAAUUAGUGUUCGUAUUUUCCCUAUAUAUCUAUAUGUAUACAUAUUUAAUACACUUAUACUGAAGUUUUGUAUUUAAUAUAUGAUACAUUAGUCUAUAUUUAACAUGGAAGUCUUAUUUUGUACAGCAAUGUUUCUGUUUCGUAUAUACGAGAUGCAGCAUGUUACGUGAUGAAACCAAUUGUGAAAUUCAAUAUAAAAUAUAAAGAAAGCAAUAUUUUACUAUGCUUUCUUUAAAUAAUUGUUUUAUGAAUAUUGCUAUUUUUAGAGCCCAAACAAAUUAAACGGGCAAUGUUAAUUUCAAGAAUUGGGGAAUUUAUGCAUGAGAAUUAAUCGUUUCGAUAAAUUAAUAACUAAAUAAUGAUUUAUUUAUCGAAACCAUUAUCUGAAUAUGCAAGAUAAUUGAUUUGCUAAUUCAGUUUAACAACAGUUAAAAUUUUUGGAAUAAAAGCUAUUAGCAAAUUUUUAUUUUUAUACGAUGUAUAAGAGUUCCAUAUUUUAACCAAACAUGUACUGUAAUUUUUUUUGUAAAUAAAAUAUCUUUUGAUUUGUUUCUAA